CCUUCAGUAAUAUGAAAAUAAUAAACAACUAGUAGAUGAUGAUGUAGUGUAAAGCGCUUUGAGCACCUUAAGGUGGAAAAGCACUAUACAAGUAUAACGCCAUAACCAUACUUACGCUCCACCAUAUAAAAUGGCAGGCUUAACAACCUAGCCAUUGUUACCAAACUGCACUUUAUGGUAAGUUGCGGUGCUCUCAACUCUGCACCGUAGUGUGGAGUGGACGGGUGAACGGCACGUUUGUCGUCGGUUCGUCCGGGUCUUCCUUCACAAAGGUGGCGAUGUGCAUUAAAACGCAGAAACACCGCGCAACAACUCUCAACGACUCCUAUCUCACCCCUUUACGCUCGCCCACCUCUUCGUCUGCGCCAAAUUGGUAAAGCUCGUCAUAUUGUAGGGGACAGCAGCCCUUUGGGGUUGCCAGUAACACCAUGCUCUCCACUGAGCGUGAGCUUGCUCAAAAACUGGAUUUCACACAUGUUAUAAAUUACUUUGCUGUCAAAAAAUCUAGGCGCAUCACCGUUUGAGUGCUUGAUAACCCAAGGGAUGUGGAGGGGGCAGGCACAGGAUGUUUAGUUAUACUGUUGUGUUCCUUAGCAGGCAGGCAUAGCGCUCUCAGUUGUAUUGUUUUGUAGCCUACAUGGGACAAUAGAUUAAUAAAUUGUUUGUUUAUAUUGUGUCACAUCACAUCACGGUCUGUUAAAUUUGACUGUCCAUCCCAAAUUAAAUAAUUUGAAAAUUUACACUGCCAUUGCUUGCAAAGCGUUAAAAGUACACAAUGUUUUUGUGACAAGCCGGUGGCAGGAGUGGGGUGGGGGGUCCUCUAAUGGUCUCGUGUCCCCGGGCCCCUGCAAGUCUGUUGACAGCCCUGGUUAUACCAACCAAUGCUGUUCAACACAAGGGUUGUUAAAAAAAAAAACUCGGUAUACUGCACAGCAACUAGCCUAUUUAUUAUUGUGGUUUUAGUUCACGGUACUGUUGAAGUGCAUCAUACUGAGACAAUUAUUUUGUAAAAGUACAAUUUCAGCUCGUGUAUUGGACAUACCCGUUUAUGUCAUUUUAAUGUAUAUACUGUAAGUGUUUAAAUUAUACUGUAUUACAUAAAACUAAUUCCGAUUUCUAGGUUUGAAUAGCCCUGUUUGAUGAGGACUUAGUAUGGUCUCUACUACCCCUUAGCGGUAGGACUAUGUCAUUACAGCUACUCUCCGUGCUUGUCUUUAGCGACUAUAUCCAAAUCCCGUUCAAUAUAGUUUUAGAUCACCUCCCAAAAAAUCCCUUUGAUUGGUACAACAGUAAAUUCACAACUCACCUAUUAUGUACAUAAUAAUUAACAUUUUCUCUGCUUUCUCUAAAACCAAACAGAGUAUUGUGCUGGAUUUAUUGUUACAUUUCGUUUGUAAUUUUAAAAAAUCAAAUUGUGAAUUUUGACAAAUGCUGAAAUUAACAUAUUGUAUCAAAGUGGAGUUGAAAUGUAAGGCACUGUAGUGAUAUACACUGGAUUAAAGUAUUCACCCUCUCUAUUACCAGAUUUUUAUGGUAAGAAACUCUUAAAACUAAGUGAAAAUGCAUAUUGUUUAAUACCUAGUCAUGUGGUUGGCUUCAAAAUUAGCCAGUUAUGUUCAAACUCAGUUAAAUGGAAGGUACUUGCAUGCCCAUAGUUCCUCUGAUUGAUCCCAAUGUGUUCCUUUAUGAAAUGUAACUCCCAAUUGCGUUAGGCACAGGUAAAACAAUUUGUACCAAAUUUUCUUGGUUUCAUCAGACCACCUUCCUUCCUGGUAAAGUGUAUCAUGUAGAUUUGUACUCAAUUUCUUCCCCAUCUUCUUACUACCAAUCAGAAUGACCAAACAGAGAGGUGAGAAGAGCCCCUGUGGGAAAAGACAUGAGCACAGUUCCAUUGUGUGACAGACUAUAUGAUAUGUUCAUAGGGUACUUGUGUGCAAUACUGGAAGAGAGUGUCCCUAGGGAACAGGAGGUGUUCUUUUGUCUUGUGCAGGCUAAGGUCAGUUGAGCUUGUUGGUGGCAUUCACUUUUGGGAGUCAAACAUAGUGAUCUGUGAUCUGUAUGGUAGCAGGCAAUGGAAAUAUGAAUGUUAUUUGGGCCCUCGUUUGUUUGGGAGUUUGUUUCACUCCAACCGGUGCCACUAACACGUAAGUAACAUAAAAAUAAUGUUCAAUUCAUAGCAUUGCAUUGCAAACACAGUUGAUACAUUUAUUUUCUUGUGCUAGUAACGUUGUCUGUGCUUAACUGUAUGUGUCAGAACAUUAUUUGUGCUGACGGGACCUAAGGUGCUGCCUGCUGGGAUGCCCUCUCUGGUUGCUGUAACUGUCUUUUCUGAGCUCCCUGUGAGGAUCAAGGCUGAGGUUUCAUAUCAGACCACUAAAGUUACACAAGUAGAGGACUUCCAAGGAGAUGUAACUAAACUGCUUACUCUGCCAGCAGUGAGUAUUUUAUUCCUCUUAAUCUGUAUAUCUAUAUUGAAAUCACCCAAAAUUAUUGGUUGCCUAUUUCUUUUGACUGCAAUAGCUUCCCACCUUCAUUACUAAAAGUUCCCACUUGAAUUUGACGUUGACGGGCUACCACGAGGAAAAGAUUGUAUUCUCCGACAUCACUACCAUCAAUUUUGACUCCAGGAAUGUCUCCUGCUAUAUUCAAACUGACCAAUCACGUUACCACCCAGGGGACACUGUCAGAGCUGCUUGUGUUCAAUUGGAUAAUCUCCCGUACAAAGGCAGAGUGAAUAUCUCAGUAGAGGAUUCCACUGAAGAUGUGGUGGAAAGGUGGCAGUCCACAGUGAAUCAAGGGUUUGUGUUUCAAGAAUUCACCUUAUCCCAGACUCCACCUUUAGGCGUGUGGACAGUCACUAUGACAACGCAUGGUGUGACUGAUAAGAAAGCAUUCACUGUGGAGCAUCAAGAGACUUCUCAAUUUGAUGUGAUGGUCAAGACGCCGUUAAGAGUCCUCGUUAAAGAAAAUAUCACUGGAUCCGUAAGAGCCAUUUACCCGAACGGACAACCUGUUCAGGGAACCCUCUCCAUCUCACUCACUCGGCCAUCUGCUGGGGUGGACUUGGCGCAAACCAAAGAGAUAUAUGGGUCAGCUCAGUUCUUCUUCAGCAAUGUUCAAAUUCAAGGAAACCAAGCACCAGGAAUGGAUGAUGAUGAUCAAGUCAUACACAUUAAAGUGUGCAUUACGGACAAGCCCACAGGGAUUGAAGUCAGCAGGACAGUUGAGGUCCACCUAGUUCAGAACACAUUCCAGCUCAGAUUCAUUGAUUUCCCACAGUCACUGAAGCCAUCUUUAAACUUCUUUACAAACCUUAGCAUCACCAGAUAUGACGAAAAGCAUUUGAGGCCAGCAGAUCGAAUGCACUCCGUUGUGGUUAAUGUUAUUCAAAGGUCUUCUAUUACGGAGGCCAAAACUACCAAUAUGACUCUUCCAGUGCCGGAGGAUGGGAAUGUCCGCAUUAAGUUUAAAUUACAAAAAGAAGUGAAGAUGCUUAUUGUUCAGGCACGCUUCCAUUCAACUGCAGAGACGUUGAAGCUAUACAGCAACUAUUCAUCUCCAAGUGGCUCAUAUCUUCAGAUUUUCUCAAGUUCAACAGCAAUGAUUGGAUUACCAUAUCAAAUACAGAUGGAAAGUACAAUUCAACUAACCAAACUCCAUUAUGUGGUGAGCUCAAGAGGUCGAGUGGUGACAGCAGGAUCAAAAACAUCUUCUAGUUUUUCUCUUGUGCCAACAUUGUCCUGGUCACCUGAGGCCUGCAUCACAGUCUAUUCCAUUCUUGCUGAUGGAGAGGUCAUUAGUGACACUGCAUGGAUAACCAUUGAUCAGCAACGAUACGUUUAUCUGAACUGGAGCAGUGAAAAAGCCCAACCAGGGGAGAAUGUAACACUCACUGUGACAGCUCUUAAUCCAAAUUCCCACGCUGAAAUUUUGGUGAUUGGAAUGCAUGAUGAGGAACUACAUUCUGACUGGGAUUUAAAAUCAGAGCAGGGAUCUAAUGUUCAAAUGCUGUCUAAUGCUAGACUGCAUGUGGAUGAACACUUGGUGGAUGGGUCAGAAAAAUCCGGCAAUGUCCUACUAGUGGAGAAAUACUGGACAUACUGGCACAAAAGGGGUGUGGAUCAAAUGUGGUUUGAUGUUACUUUCAGAAAUAAUAAGUGGACAAGUGGGGCAAUAACAGUUCCAGAUGGUGUUACGUCUCUGGUAGCUGCCGCAUUGAUAAUGUCAGACGACUUUGGUUUUGGAUUCACUCCAGUGCCAAAUAAGCUGAUGGUGUCCAAAGAUUUCUCCUUGUCUCUUAAUGUUCCAUUAUACUGCAUCAGAGGAGAGGAGCUUUUACUGGAAGUGAACAUUAUCAACCACUUAGCAAGGGACAUAGAGGUGAUCUUGUUGUUAUCGAAAAAUGAAGCCUUUGAGUUUGUUUUGGAAACAUGUGAUGGCAUAUCUAAGGUAAAUGCUCAAACUCUCACCGUAGAGGUGUAUUCCUCAGCCACAGCAGUAUUCCCCAUCCGGCCUGUGGCACUCGGGGAGAUGCAAAUAUCUAUAGCUGCCGUAUCUGCAGACUCUUCAGACAGCCUCGUUUGGAACGUGCUGGUGAAGCCUGAAGGAAUUGAACAGUCCUUCUCAAAGACAUUCUUCCUGGAACUACAACCACUGACCCACAACUACUCCAAGUCCAUCUCCAUCUCUUUACCACCACAUGUGGUGCAGGACAGUCAGAGAGCCAAUGUGGUAUUAGUGGGUGAUGUAUUGGCCUUGUCCAUCCAGCACUUGGAUUCACUGGUUCAAUUGCCCCUUGGAUGCGGGGAGCAGAAUAUGAUCCACUUUGCUCCAAAUAUUUAUGUGCUUCAGUAUCUCGACAGGACCAAACAGGAAAAUAGAGAGCUCAGAAACAGAGCUUUGGGCUAUAUGCUUGAAGGGUAUCAGAGACAGCUGUCCUACCAGCGAGAUGAUGGAUCCUUUAGUGCUUUUGGUGCUCGAGACCCUGCUGGUAGCACAUGGCUCACAGCUUUUGUCUUGAGGUGCUUCCUUCAGGCCCAACUCUACAUACAGAUUGAUGUAACAGUUAUAGAAAUGGCCAGAACCUGGCUCAUGGGCACCCAGGGUCCCCAGGGACAGUUCUUUGAGGUGGGAAAUUUGAUGCACACACAAAUACAAGAAGGACUAAACAAUGAGCCUGUAGCCCUCACUGCUUUUGUGAUGAUUGCCUUACUGGAGAACAACACCUUUGUGGACAAGCACUAUAACAGUGUGUCCCUUACCAAAACGUACCUGGAGAGGAAAGUAACCAGUGACGCACUCAGUAACUACACUCUGUGUUUGGCAGCGUACGCGUUGGCUCUGGCCAACAGUUCAAUGGCUAGCACAGUGCUGGCUUAACUUAGCAGGAGAGCUGACUACCAAGAAACUAUGAUGUGGGCGUCCUCUGCUGGGCUGAACUUGCAUAAGGGGUGGCCACACUCAUCUCAGAUAGAAAUGGCCUCCUAUGUGAUGCUGGCACAUAUUCGGC